ACCAGCGAUGAGGACGAUCCAAUUGUCGGCACCUUCAACAUCCUCCUCGGCCCUCCACUCGCCGCCAACCGCCGCGUCCUGAUCCUUGAGCACCCCAACAAGACAGACGGCAAGAAGCCCGCCCGCGCCCCCAUGGAGCUGCGCGUCAAGCCCACCACGGGCAUGGUCGAGCUCGACUUCCCCGUCGACUACAACACCGCCUACGACCGCACCAAGGGUCUGAACUGGGGCACCAACCUGCACAAGAGCACCGAGGCCAAGAAGGGCGGGAGCCACGGCCUGGCGGGCGGUUUCGGCGUGGGUGCACCGCCGCCCCGGGUAAGGGCAGGCGGCGCGGCGGGAGGGCGCGGUGACGAGAUCUUGGAUAUGGGCAUGGACUGGGGCGAGGCACUGCGGAGGGACUUUGUGCUGCGGACGCAGACGCUGGGCGGACAGACGCCUGAUGUGAGCGCCGAGAGCAAGUACAUGGUUGGUGUCUUUGCCGGAAGUAAUCUUCACCUCACACCUGCGUCAUCCCUCGUCCACCUCCGUCCACAGCUUCACCACAUUGAUGCGACGACCGAGCAGGAGCGCCUAGCCCGCGGUGCCGGGGCAGCAGGCGCAGCGGGCGCGACCAAAGAGGCCGCCCGCGCGAUCCACAUGACCAUCAAACAGACCAAGGACGGCGACGAGGAGAUCAUGCAGGAGACGAUGGCGGACCGGCUCAGGAAGGUGCAGACCGAAUCCUGGCGGCGCAUGCGCUAUGUGCACGAGGAGGCCAUGGACAGCUGGGCCGUGAGCGAGGAGACCCUGUACCUGCAG